UAAAUGUAUUUUUUUGGACUAAUUUUGAACAUGUGGCAAAAUUAUCAAAAUUAAGGAUUUUGUUCAAAUAAAUAUUUUAUUAUUCAUUUAUUUGUUUGCACUAUUAAGGAAUUUUUCAGUAGAGCAAAACAUGAAAUAAGCCAAUUCUAGAAGGGAAUUAAUGUAAAAAGCUCUCCAGGUGGUUGAAAUAUUUCCUCAUGGGUUUUAGUUAAAUUAAUUAAAUAUUUGUUCAGAAGGACUAUAGUUCAUUUUAAACAUUAGUCCAAUUGAACGUUGGUUAAACUAAACGUUAGCUCAAUCAAUCAUUAGUCCGAUCACUAUGUCACCUAAAUCCUUGUAGGCUGCAUUCCUAAUGCCAAUCAGAGCUGAGUUUAAUCAAACAAUUUACUCUGGAGACAUAGGAGCAUAGGAGACACCAGAUCUAUGUUUAAUCAUUUAGUUUACUCUCUAGAUAUUGGAGCUUUAAUUAAUCAAUUAAAUUAUUUUGUAGAUACCAGAGCUGAGUUCAAUUAACUAAUCAAUCCACUUUGGAGACAUCGGAGCUGUGUUUAAUCAUUAAGUUUACUCUCUAGAUAUUGGAGCUUUAUUCAAUCAAUUAAAUUAUUUUGUAGAUACCAGAGCUGAGUUCAAUCAACUAAUCAAUCCACUUUGGAGACAUGGGAGCUGUGUUUAAUCAAUCAAUCAAUCUACUCUGUAGACAUCGGAGUUAUGUUUAAUCAAUCAAUUUACUCUGGAGACAUAGGAGCUGUGUUUAAUUUACUCAGGAGACACCAAAGCUGUGCUUAAUCAAUUAAUUAACCUACUCUGGAGACAUUGGACCUGUACUAAAUCAAUUAAUUUACUCAAGAGACAUCGGAUCUAUGUUUAAUCAUUAAGUUUACUCUCUAGAUAUUGGAGCUUUAUUCAAUCAAUUAAAUUAUUUUGUAAAUACCAGAGCUAGUUCAAUCAACUAAUCAAUCCACUUUGUAGACAUCGGAGCUGUGUUUAAUCAAUCAAUAUAUUCUUUUAGUCUAGAUGUCGUCCUUAUCAUUUCAAAGAUUUUUUUAAAAGUCGUCUUUUUUAUGAAAAAGAUCAGCUGUUUAUGGCAUAUUAGACCAAAUGAGUUGAUCUGACAGUGACCCAGUAUAGUAUGUGUAAAUUAGUGAAGAGAAGAUUAUAACCACCAAAUAUUUGUACGGGGUUAUAAAUUUGUUGUAAUCAAUGCAAAAAUGCAAAUUUUCCUCCGCCCCCCCCCUCUAGCUCUAUCUAGGAGUCUGGGGGCUAAAGUAUGAGGGAUAUGUUGCACAGUACGUCGGGGAAAGGAGUGGGGGGGGGGAGUAUGUAGGACUGAUCAAUGGUCAUCUAACUUUUUUCUCCCCUUAUCUGGUUUGGUUCUGCCCAGCCCGGUAUCUUUAAGUUGUCGCUGCCUGACCUAGCUUGCAAUAAGCUGGUUUAUUACUAGUAUUCUUCUUUGUUUAAUCACUCGGUUUUAAUUACAAAUAUUCUGAUUUCUCAUUUUACCAUACGAUGCUUUAACCUCAACAACCCCUUCUUGACGUUUACCUCUUUAUAAUUAAUCAGUGUAAAUAUUUGUUUGCAGAUAUAUUAUCCUUAAAAAGUAUAACAUGUUUUGUACAUAUUUCAGAGAGAAUGGCAAAAAUUAUGGAAGAAGAUAUAGUAACCAUCAAAGAAGAAAUCUCUACUGUAGAGGAUACAUGUACUGUGUAUGUAACGGAAGAAGAUAUAAAAGAGGAAAGUACAGAAGAUCAAGGUGAAAUUGUUAAGAUUGAAGAAGAUCCCCUUUUCUCUGAACAAAAGAGACUUAAAAAGAGGAAGCUGACGGAUAAAAGAGAUAAAUGUUAUCCCUGUGGAAAAUGUGAUUAUGUGGCAACUCAAUUAUGUCAUUUGAAAACACAUAUUAAAAGUAAACAUGAAGGAGUAAGAUAUCCUUGUUCUCAUUGUGAAUUCCCUGCCACUGAACCAAGUAGUCUGACAAGACAUAUUAAAAGUAAACAUGAAGGAGUGAGAUAUCCCUGUUCUCAUUGUGAAUACGCUGCCACUGAAGCAAGUGCAGUGGUCUGAAGAGUGAUAUAUCCCUGCGAUCAGUGUGAAUAUGUUGCUACUAAUGUACAGAGUCUGAAGUUACACAUUAAAUCUAAACAUGAAGGAGUGAGAUAUCCUUGUUCUCAUUGUGAAUACGCUGCGAUCAGUGUGAGUACUCUGCCACUACAUUAGGAAAUCUGAAGAUACAUAUUGAAUCUGAACACGAGGGAGUUAGAUAUCCAUGCGAUCAAUGUGAAUACUCUGCUACUCAAGCAGGUGAUCUGAAGAAACAUAUUAAAUUUAAACAUGAAGGAGUGAGAUAUCCCUGCGAUCAGUGUGAUUAUCUUGCUACUAAACCAUAUAAUCUCAAAAGACACAUUUUAAGGAGACAUGAAAGAGUAAAAUACCCAUGUUAGCAGUGAGAUUUUACCUCUACCGAGCAGUAUCACAUUUGAAGAAACAUAUUAAAUCCAAAAAUAAAGGUUUGAGAUAUUAUUUUAAUCAGUGUGAGCUCACUGCCACUACAGCAGGUAGUCUAAAGAAACACAUUACAAAUUAACAUUGAGAAGUGAGAUAUCCAGUGUAAAUAUCAUGUCAUUUAAAAACACAUCAAAAGAAGAAACAUUAAUUAAUAAGUACAUUGCACUGUAAACUGCAAAUUGUCUAUUCUCUCGUUUAUUUUGGUUUUUCUUUGCUUAUCUUUUAUUUAAAGCAGAAAAUGGAAAAUU